AUGGCGGCCAGUGCGCUUUCAGAUUAUUUUGCGAAUAAAUUUUUAUUAAAAGCCGCCAAGAUCUAGCAUUUUAUAGGGCAAUGCUUUUUAGCAAUGUCUUUUAUCGGAGACGGAGAUCACAAAAAAUUAUCCGUUCCCGGAGCUGUACCACAGUUGUUGGACGAAUCAUUAGCCAAGGCUUAUUGGACCGAACUUCCUGACAAUCUUCUUCUAGACAUUUUUUCUUUCCUUUCUCCUAAAGAAGCCUUAAACGCUGGUCAAGUAUGCCGCAACUGGUAUCGGCUGUCCAAGGACGAGAUGCUUUGGAAAUCACUGCUCCAAGAAACUUUAUUUCCAGACCGCACCAAGAGGAUCAAACUGAAACUUCCUAAGUCGGCGUCCUCUUGGUUAAAGGAAUUUCAAAGAAUCCACUACAAAACGCCUUUCGUGGAAAGUCAGAUACUUGAAGAACACACUGAUGAAGUCCUUCAUGUAACCUUUUCUCAUAAUGGUCAGUUGUUAGCUUCAAGUUCCAAAGACUGUAGUGUAAUUCUAUGGCGCGUUUCCAGUUGUACAUGUGUCAGUAUGGCGCAAAAGAUUAAUUUUCAGGAGCGUAAUUGGGAAUAUGUUCAGUUCUGCGAGUUCAAUGCAAGCGAUACAUUACUUCUUGUAUCAGGAGUCAAUAAGUUACGGCGUUUAAGCUAUACAGGUGAAAUUUUCAUUUGUGAAGUACAGAACUUUUCUGUGAUUGCUUUAGUGCAUGGUAUAAACAAUGAACCGUAUGAUGUGUUUGGAGCAUGGCUUACAGAAAGGUGUUACAUCUCAGGGACAUUUGAAUUUAUGGAACCUGAAAAUGAUGGGUCAUCAAUCUCCGAGCUUUGGGCAAAUUAUGUGGAUGAAUCAACAGAAAAUCAAAGGAACCUAGCUCAAAUUUUGAAUCACAAUUCAAGCUCUGUGAGGACUGUUCUAGUGGCUCACCCAAAUGCUAAUGCUCUACCACACACAUAUGCUUCUGCAGCAAAGAAGAAAGAUGAGGAUGUCUGCCUGAUAUUUACACAUGGAACUGUUACCUAUGUCCCUCAUCAGAUAGUUUUUAAGUGGCUGAAAUUACCAAAGGGCAGUACAAGAAAAUUUGAGCAGGGUAAAGGAAUUUCUUCUGAGGGGUAUGAGCCUUUUACCAGGAAAGAGCACUACAUUGAAACAAAUGCACAUAUAAUCGGCAUGAGCCUAUCACCAGACCAUCAGUAUCUGUACGUGAAUUGUCGCAUGUGGGAGCAGCCAGCUGGCAAUGUUGUCGACGACGCAGCCCAAUUUCCUCCAGAAAUUUCCAAUGAUAUUACCUUGCAGGUGUACAGCUUGUCCACAUAUAAACUUGUUGAUGUCCACAGUGGCCAUAAAGCAUACACUGCAAAUAAUGGCUGUUUCUUUAUUUUUUUGAAUGUUGCAGACCAGUUGGUUGCAAGUGGAGCAGAGGACCAUUGUGCUCAUGUGUGGGACAGACAUUUUGGAGCCAAGCUGGCCACUCUAAAGGGACAUACUAAUGUGGUGAACUGUGUUGCAUUUAACCCUGUUAAUCAAGAAAUGGUGGUCAGUGCAAGUGAUGACCACACAAUCCGAGUAUGGAAGUCACGACAUUUGUCUAAGUUGUAUGAGGAAGCAGAUCUGGAAGAGCAAAGUGGAGAGGUCAGCCCUUUCUAUGAAGACAUUUUCCGCGAGACAGUUCUGUGAGCAGGAUAAAUUCACACUGAAAAACAUUCAAACCAUUACCUAGAUCAACAAGCUUUUAUUUCUUUUGGCAAUGUAUAAUCACAAGCUGAGGUUUUUUUUAGCCAUUGAUCUGCACCUAAAGCAUAAGCAUUAGACAUUCUUAAGGCAAUAGUAAAUAAAAAAAAAAGUGCCUGAAGAGUCUUUUAACAUUUUCUAGGUCACAUGGGAUACAAGAGGGGAAAAAUUGUUGAGAAAACACUGAAAAAACGAGAAAUACUUUAUAAAGAUACUUUAAAGAACACAAUUUUUUCCAGGCAGAGAAAUGCUCGCUAAGAUUUAUGAUGGCGCAUCAGCUCUCUUCGCAGAAUUUGAAAUGUUUUUUGUCUUUCUUGUUUUCAAAUUUAUUACAUUUUAUUGAAGGAAUAAAAGUGCUGAUAAUGAGAA